AUGGACCUCCAUGCCAACAAGCUAUUCAGCGAUUUAUCACCGCAAAUCAUAUAUCCGCCAUUGCAAGCUUUACAAAGCAGCAUCAUUCCACAAGGUAUCAGCGCACAUGCCAACUAUGCAAUUUAUGCUCCCAUUCAGGCACCAGCAAGGCAUGGAAACAGGAUGGCCAUGGCUACGGAUCGUCUCCUUGGAUCAUUGAGAUUUGGAACAGCUACGUAG